AUGAAUCUUGAUGAAUGCUAUGUUCUCCUAUUAGCUCAUUUGAGACCUCGGCACCUAACUAACGGGUGGGCUAAAGGAGGCGUGGACAAGCUGGAGCUCUCAGAGUUUGAGGGGCUGAAGAGCGCAGGGGAUGGUAGUGGAAGUGGGCGCCAGGGUAGCAGCGACCUCGCCUUCCCUCCAGUAGAAGCUAGCCCUAGUUGCUUUGGUUAUCCUAUAAGCAUCUUUUUCAUUAUCAUCAAUGAAUUCUGUGAAAGAUUUUCCUAUUAUGGAAUGAGAGCAAUUCUUGUUCUAUAUUUCCAACGUUUCUUUGGAUGGGAUGAUAACCUGUCUACUGCCAUCUAUCACACAUUUGUUGCUUUGUGCUAUCUAACACCAGUCCUUGGAGCUCUUAUUGCUGACUCAUGGCUGGGAAAGUUCAAAACAAUCAUCUCAUUGUCCAUUGUUUAUACUGUGGGGCAAGCAAUCACUGCCAUAAGUUCUAUUAAUGACCUCUCAGACAAUAACCAUGAUGGAAAGCCUGAUAACAUCACAUUACAUGUAUCUUUGUCUAUGAUUGGACUUGUCCUGAUUGCCCUUGGUACUGGUGGAAUAAAACCUUGUGUGUCAGCAUUUGGUGGAGAUCAGUUUGAAGAACAUCAGGAAAAACAAAGAAACAGAUUCUUUUCCAUCUUUUAUCUAGCCGUCAAUGCUGGAAGUCUGCUUUCUACAAUUAUAACUCCCAUGCUGAGAGUUCAACUAUGUGGCAUUCAUUCCCUACAAGCGUGCUAUCCAUUGGCAUUUGGAGUUCCUGCCGCUCUAAUGGCUGUAUCUCUAAUUGUGUUCUUAAUCGGCAGUAGCAUGUACAAGAAGGUUCAACCUCAGGGCAAUGUAAUGGCUGAAGUUGCCAAAUGCAUUGGAUUUGCAAUCAAGAAUAGAUUUAAACACCGAAGUAAAGAAUUCCCAAAGAGGGAGCACUGGCUGGACUGGGCUAAAGAAAAAUAUGAUGAGCGGCUUAUUGCACAAAUAAAGAUGGUGGUAAAGGUGAUGUUCCUGUAUAUCCCUCUCCCAAUGUUUUGGGCUCUGUUUGAUCAGCAGGGCUCAAGAUGGACUCUUCAAGCAACAACCAUGAAUGGAAACUUGGGAGCGAUUGAAAUUCAGCCUGAUCAGAUGCAGACCGUGAAUGCCAUCCUGAUUGUGAUCAUGGUACCAAUUGUAGAUGCUGUAAUUUAUCCUUUAAUUGCCAAGUGUGGGUUCAAUUUCACGUCUCUGAAGAAGAUCACUGUGGGUAUGUUCUUGGCUUCCAUGGCCUUUGUUGUAGCUGCAAUUAUACAACUGGAAAUAGAUAAAACUCUUCCAGUCUUUCCUAAAGGAAAUGAAAUCCAAGUUCAGGUUCUGAAUGUAGGCAAUGAAAACUUAACUGCAUAUUUUCCUGGACGUGAGAAGAUAAAUGUAACAGUGAGUGAGUCCAGUGGCUUCCUGACUUUGGAUUUCAAUAGCCCACCAAAUAUAAACAUUUCUUUUGGGCAACAACCACAACAAUACCCAGUUGAAAAUUAUUUUGAAAAGGGCUAUCGCCACAGUGUUCUGGCAUGGAAUUCCAAUAACAUUGUUACGCUGAAAGACAGCCUUAAAACGAAGCCAGAAAAAGGACUAAAUGGAAUCAGAUUUGUCAAUGGCUUGGAUCAUGCUGUCAAUAUCACCAUGGAUGGAAUAACAUAUGAGAAUAUUGUCUCUUACAAUGCCAGCGAUUAUGAAUUUUUUUCUUCUGGAGAAAAAACUAUUGAAAUUAAAGGGGUUUGCAGUGGCAAGUCUCCAAAACUUGAAUUUGGCAGUGCAUAUACCUAUGUGUUAACAAAGUGUGAUACCAACGGCCUAACUUUAAAGACUUUUGAAGAUAUCUCAGCCAAUACGGUUAAUAUAGCUCUACAGAUCCCACAAUAUUUCCUUCUGACCUGUGGCGAAGUUGUCUUCUCUGUUACGGGGCUGGAGUUCUCAUAUUCACAGGCUCCUUCCAAUAUGAAAUCAGUACUUCAAGCAGGCUGGCUAGUCACAGUGGCUGUUGGGAACAUCAUUGUUCUUAUUGUGGCUGGAGCAGGACAGUUCAGUGAACAGUGGGCCGAGUAUGUUCUCUUUGCUGCGUUGCUGUUGGCUGUUUGCAUUAUCUUUGCCAUCAUGGCAUAUUAUUAUACCUACAUUAAUCCAGCAGAAAUUGAAGCCCAGUUUGAUGAUGAAGACAAAAAAAGGAACAGUCGAAAAGUUGGGGACGAAUCUGAUCUGUAUGAAAAACCUGAAUCAUUUUCACAGACAGCGAUGUGAAUAUUAAGAACAAAUAUUGGGAAUGAUAGAGAGCUCACGUAAAGGACUUCUCUAGUAUGAGCAGGCUGCUAUUGGAUUGCGAUUGAUGAUGACAAAGAACUCAAUUUGUCAAUGCCUGUGGUGGACAACUGUGCCAAGCUAACUCUUCUCAACUGGAAUGAACAUCAAACUCUGGAACCAUUGAUAGCUUUGCUUUUAAAAAGAAAGCACAAAAUUAAUUUUUAUAACAAACUCAACUUUGUUGAGGACUACUCUCCGUCUCUACCAUGAAGAGAACUAUUAUUUUUGUGUAUUCCCUUUUUUUAUUGUGAAAAAGGCAACUUUCAGAAUAUACCAUACUGUCUGCACUUCAGUACAUGUAUAACAACAGAGAAGAAUAUUAGGAAAUGAAACCAAACCCAUGCUAAAAAUGAAUCAAACAACCGAUAUUUCAGGAUAUGAAUGUCUAAUUACCAUUUAGUAUUACUUUAUUGUCCACUUUCACCAACCCCUACCUCUGUUUAAGCUGUUUAUGUAACUCAAAAAACCACUCAGGUGAAGGCCAGUUAUGGUACUGAGAGUAUAAAUGGUAUGUUGAAUAAAUUCCUGUUCCUAAAAAUAAACAUUUAGGAUUU